UCUCUUCAUCUCUCUCUCUCAAUCACCUCAUCGCAAUCGCUUGCCGCCGCGGCUACAGCCCUCCCUCCUUCAUAGCUGUAGCUGCAGCCUUCGGUCCUCCAUCGCGUAUCGCAGUUGUGGCCCUCCUCCUUGCAGUUGUGGCCACACCAUCACCUCCGCAGCCUCACCUAUGCACCCUCGCCCUUGCAUCCACCUUCCAUCACCUUCUUUAACAAUUUUCUCUACCUCAGAACUGCCCUUGAACAUGCUUCUCACAAUUUCUGGACACGCGAGGUGAAGCAUGUCAAAAAAAGUUGACUGCGUGUCGAAUUUUUCGACACAUGUUGACCGCGUGUCUGAACGUGUACAAGCAUAUCUAAAUGUGUCGGACACGUGUCGAGGUGUCCAAUAUGACAAAGAAGCUCCUAAAACGUGUCCGUGCAUCAUAGUAUACGAGUAGGCGAAGAUGUAACUUGGCCAAGAAGACAUGGAGUAGAUACUGGGGCUACCCUUCUUCUUCUUUUUUCCCAAAGUAUCGUGAAAAAGGUUGCUUCGUUAUAUUUCAAUUUGCUUUUCUCAUGUUGCAAUGAUGAAAUUUUAGAAGGUAGUACAAAGGUCGGAGAAAAGAUAUCUAUCUUGUGGAGUACAUAUCUGGGUAAGGUGGCAUUUACAUUUGUUUUCCAAGAAUACCCUUCUAUGUAGUUUUCUUUUGUUUCAUUUAAUACAGCCUAAUAUUGAAACUAUGGGAUCAGGAGCAAAAGUAUCAUAUCUUAAACUGAGAAAAUUAUCAAGAGUGAGCUUAAGUUUAAGCCCAUCAAUAUAUCUAAUUAGAUAUAUUUUUACUCAAAAAUUUAUUAAAAAGUUUAAGUUAAAAAAUUAUGAGCAAACUAGAAUAUAUAUUAACUUUUCUACUCCAUAUCAAUUUUUCAAUGUUGGACUUUUAUAACACAAUUCACACGUGUAUUGCUAUCCCUCACAUGCGAGCUCAAUUUUACAUCUCCUUCCCAUUUGUUCAAGUAUCUUGAUGUCUUAACCACAUCUGUAAAGAUCCAUAAUCAUUUAUUAGGAUGCACAAUAAAAGUCCAAUAUCUUUAGCCGGGAAAUUUCAAAGAGAGGACUCAAGUCUUAAUCCGGCAACUUAUUUAUUUAGACACCUUUACUCAAAAGUUUAUGUUAAUGAUUUAUAAGUUAUGAACCAAUUAUGAUAUAUAUUAAUAGUUCUAUACUCACAGUUCUAUACUCACGUACAUCUUUCCAGAAACUUUUUGAUCUGACUAAUUCAUCUUCCUUGAAAAACAUAAAUCUCUUUGUCUACAUGCAGUGCUAUAGAAAGCGUGACCCUUAAAAAUACGCUAGGUGAAAGAUACUGAAAUUUGAACAAUAAAUCUAUCACACUCCCAAAAUAAACGUUAACGUGUUAAAUUUCAGUUGCUGCGCUCUCUUUUUAGAGUAAUACCUUUGUGAACUUUCAACGUUGAAAUGGAAGUUCGCGAGAACAGUCAAAACACGUCUCAAUUGCCAUCGGAGUCCAGCAAUAAAUUUUCAAGAGCGACAAAAAGAAAAGCAGGUAGGACAAUUUUCCACAGUAUGAUCGAUCAAGGAAGGUUCUGCAUUUAUAUUAAUUUUCAUCAGAAUUUUUAUUGGCAACAAUGUCAAUUCGUCCUUCUCCUCCUAAGCACCAAUCAUCAUUUAAAUACAAUCACAGAAGACACUAACAAAGCAAACCCAGUGGUCUUGCUGUGGGGAGCCGGAAGCAUGAAACACUACCAUUUCAUACUCGUACAUGGCGCCGGCCACGGCGCGUGGAGCUGGUACAAGCUCAAGCAUCGGCUCGAGUCGGCCGGCCACCGCGUCACAGCGCUUGACCUCGCUGCCUCUGGCACCAACACAAAGUCCAUACACCAUGUCCACGCGUUCCGCGAGUACACCGAGCCACUGCUGGAGCUCCUGGCCUCACUCGGGGCGCACGAGAGGGCAAUCCUCGUCGGCCACAGCUUGGGCGGCUUGAACUUGGCUCUCGCUGCCGACAGGUUCCCAGACAAGAUAUCGGUAGCUGUUUUCCUGGCGGCUUUCAUGCCAGACACCGCACAUAGGCCGUCAUACGUGCUGGAAGAGUAUUGCGCGAGGGCUCCGGAGGGAGCAUGGUUAGACACUUUUUUCACGCCCAUCGGAAAGCCUGACAAACCCUUGACGUCCAUGUUCUUCGGCCCCGACUUCUUGUCAUCCAAGCUCUACCAGUUGUCUCCUCUUGAGGAUCUGGAGCUUGGUAAGAUCUUGGUGAGGCCGGGUUCGUUGUUCUUGGAAGACCUGAGCACGUCAAGCAACUUCACCCGCGAAGGGUACGGGUCCACGACCCGGGUCUAUGUGGUAUCCAAACAAGAUCUGGGGAUGCCCCCGGAGUUCCAAAAGUGGAUGAUCGCAAGCAGCGGGGCGCACCACGUCGUGGAGGUGGACGGGGCGGAUCACAUGCCCAUGCUCUCGAAGCCGCAGGAGAUCUGUGAUUGUCUGUUGGAGAUUGGGGCCAAAUACGAACAUGCCUAACAUUUGCCACGGCAUUAGGGGGCUUUGGUUCUUCUCGAUGGUUUGCAAUUUCAUUUGUCGGAUUCUUGAGUUUGGUUUGUAAUUCCUUUUCAGUUCUCGCGUCGAGGUAAUCCAAAUCCAGCAACAGUCCAACCCAA